AUGAAGAUACAACUUGUUCCAGUUAUCGCAUGUGCAUCGUCCUGCCUGGCGCAAGUCGCGGCCAAUCCUCGUGAUGGAAAACACUACUCGCCUAUUCCACUCAUCACCUUGUCCGAGAACUCGACGUCCGUUAAUGUAGCGCCUUAUCAGUCCAAUACGUCGCUAUACUAUCUCGGCUAUAAAGAUGAUGACUGGUCUCGGCCGUUUGCCAAAUACUGGAAACCGGCUGUGAAGCAAAUCUCGGAUGAGGUGCAAAAGGGAAUCACUGAAAGCCCCCAUGCCAGCAGUCUGGUUUUCAAGCCUCAAGAGGCGCCGCAUUAUCUAACUCAGCCCGGAUACUUGCAGUUGGAGAACGGCUGGGCUGUGAGCGACGACAACAAACUGAUGAUAGCCGUUCGUACUGAUAUGGGCAAUGUCACGGGAGAUAUGUAUGACUGGUGGUUUGGAUGGCACCUUGUUGACCCCCAAAGAUAUAAACUUUGGCAUCCAGUCGCUCAUCAAUAUGCUUACCGAAUGCCGAAUGCGAUCGACUGGAGUAACAAGACCUUACCCGAGCGUUACAUCGGAUCAUACUCCUGGAUAGACGAGUUCAUCGGUAACUUUGCCACUAAACUGACCGUCAACUUCGUGGAUCCAGCAACUCUCGGGUUCAAUACCAGUGUCUACGAGUCGCAGGGCAUAGAGACUAUCGUUACUGCUCAUAUUACAGGCAGUGGGCAUACUACCAACGUCACUGGUAACUCCUACCUCAUGCAUCAGAUUCGCCGUAAGGACGAUGGACAGCGAGAGCUGCGAUCUCGAUUCUUCCUUGACACCUUUACAGAUACUCAAGGUCAUGAUCUGAGCGUUCAUUGCGCUAUUGAGAUGUCACACUUGGCCACAUUUCUGCCUCAGCUAUUUGUUGAGUUCAAGAAUACAGUCUGA